AACAGAUACACCGCUUUUUCACAUGGAGCGCCAAAAUUUGCAAGAUCGAAAACCGUUCCCAGGAAUUCACUACAGUGACUAAAUGAGUUUCAGACAAGCAGAUUUCUCAUUUGUGAUGAGGUGAUAGUUGUAUUUAUCAGUGAAUUGGGAGAAAUCCUUCCCGAUUAUGUGCGGUGUGAACUGCCUGGAGGAUAUAACCCCGGGAAAUCCAUGGAUCUAACACACAAUCCACCCGUGUCAUUGGGGACAGGAGCCUGACGUCACGUGACUCUCCAAAACGUCCUCUACGAGCCACUCUAAAGGGCGUGACUACAAGUCAUGUGGUCAGGAUGGCAAGCUGCGGUUGGUGGAAGCCUGUUGAUUCUUUUACAUGGGUGGUGGAGGCGGCCGACCGGCCUGAGACAGCCGAAUGGAGCCUGGUAGUCGGAGUGAUACCGGACACCGCUCCGCUGCUGGGGACGGAUCGCAGAGAUGGACAAUAGAGCUUAAGGGGCCAGGUGUGGAGAAAAAAGGGCCAUAUCUAAUGAGCAAGGGUCCAACAAUCCAGGCCAAGUUGCAGAGGCAGCGAGACUUGGCACGGGCAGCUCUCAGAAAAAAAGGAAUGCUUGGAGGAACAGGGAAAAUGAAGGCUGCGCCUAAAAGGUCAGUAAAGUUUAACAAAGGAUACGCAGCCCUCAGCCAAGCGUCUGAUGAAACACUAGUCUCCCUGGAUUCUGACAGUGACGUGGAGUUGGAAUCUCGAUGCUCUUCUGGAUAUUCCUCAGCAGAGGUCUCACAAGAUCUUAACAGGCAACUUCUCCAGGAUGGUUAUCACUUGGAUGAGAUUCCAGAUGAUGAAGAUCUAGACUUGAUACCACCCAAGCCUGUACGUUCAUUCUCCUGUCCAUGCUGCUUAGGGGAAUCUUGGUCGUGCUGCAUCCAGUGAUCACAUAAGGGGAAAUAUAUGCAUUGUCCCUCCUGUCAUCCACUAGCUGCCGCCUCGGCUUUCUCUGAUAUUGGGAGGUCACUGAUCAGAUGGUCUAUAGAACUGGCCUGUAUGGAUAGAUGACCUUCAUGUGACAUGGGAAAGAUAGGGGCUCUAUAUACAGAAUGCCUCUAUGCAAUGCCUGGCUUUGUUACAUUCACUUAAAACACUAUAUACAGUAUCGCCAAAGGCCCCAGCUUGAAGAGAAAUUGAAGGAACUGCUAUUUACCUUGUGACAUGACAAUCUUUUCCAAAGACGUAACCUAUGGUGCUUAUAUAAUAGUACACAGAGCCACCAGAAGGAACCUGCGAACAGUGAUUCCAAAGACUCUAAAUCUCUGCAUUGAUGAUCUGAGUGCCCUGGUUUUGUACUGAAUGUGUAUGCGCAAUUGGAUCAAAUUUUGGCUGCAGGCUGUGUACUUAACAUACUGUGUUAACACCCAUCUGUCCUAAAUCUGUUACGUCAUGGAGAGUUUACAUAACACAACUGGCCGUUACAAUGGAGUUACUGACUAUGGACUGUGUAAGAAUUUGAAGCUGAUGGGAGAUAUAUAUAAUUGCUGUGUCUAUCCAAAUCUUUCUGUGGUCCCUUCUGUUACAGAUUUAGGAAGUUGUGUAAGUACAAGUAAGGCGGACAUAACUGUUUACAUAAUGUAAAGCGACACUUCCGUUAAGACUGAAGUGUUACAUGUUACACUUGUAUGUGUUUAGCAAGAACUAGAAUGUGAAGGCACUGUUCUCAGACAACUCUAAGACUUAUUUUCACCUAAAUGUUUUCAGAGGUUGUAUCUUUAAUAAACACUAUUUCUGUUUUAUGUACUUUUUGUGCUU